AUGUUUAGCGCAUUCAAUGCAUACACCGGUCGCCAUAGGGAUGAUGCACUGUGUGUGACGUUAUUGACUACCAGUGCUUCAGACUUUGUCAGUUGUGUCAGCGGUUGUGAGCGUGGUGUCUGUGGUGAUGACCGCGAGGUGGCGUGGCGCUUAUGGAUAGGUUUAGUGCUUAUGUUGAGUGAAUGCAUGACUAGUGGCACAGCGUUUAGGCAUUCAAUCGCUUCAAUACAACACAUUCUCCUGUAUUAUAGUCUCCACACAACCGGCGAAUCACUCGACACUCAACCCAUUAUUUGGUCACCACUUGUGUUGACUCCACUGCAGCCAACUGUCAUUACCGGUGAGUGGUGUGUGUGUGCUGUGGAUGCGUUUGUGGUGAUGUCCAAACGAGUAGAGUGUCGUAUCCAGUCAUCGCAAUCACGCUUCGAGACCACCGUUGAGAUCGUAUUGAUUUGCGUGCAUCUCAUCCAUCGUUGA